UCCUACCUUGGUUCUCCGGCGGCGCCUCCCCCACCACCGCCGUCGCUCAUCCGUGACUGACUCGAGUUACUACCGUGACAUCGCGGCGGACCAUGGCGAGUUCCUCGGAGGAAUCGAAGGAGAAGGCGGUUGCAGAAGAGGAAGAGAAGGGCGUAAUCUCGCCGGCAGCGACGGAGACGGCUGGAGAAAAGAAGGCGUCGGCAGCGGCGGCCGGAGAAGAGACGAAGAAGAAGCAAAAGGAGAAGAAGAUGAAGAAGGUGAGGAUGCCACAGCACGAGGUGGACAGAAUCAUGUCGUACAAGCACAGGCCCCUCACCAUGCCACCUGGAUACAAGAACUUCUCCAAGGAGCUACUGGCUUGUUUCCCCGUGCCCGUCGAUCAGCUGGACGACUACUGGGCUAGAAAGAACAAGAUACAUGACGAGGGCGCGAAACCCAUCCUGGAGGAGCAGGAGAGGAUUCGCAAGGAGUACAAUGAGAAAGGCUAUGCCGAGUACUGGAUCACCGACGACGAGGACCAAGCAGCCACUCGAUCCCGAGCUCCGGCGCCGGGAAGGAGGAGGGGUCGACCAGGGGUCACCAAGAAGCAUACCGGAGGAACUAAGAAACUUUAAUAACCGAUGAAUAAAUUUUCCCGGCUUAGAGAAUACCUAUGCUCCCGAGCUGCUCGGGAGCUUAUAUAUAUUGUCUAAUAACAAAACAUCUAGUGAUCGAGUGUUCAAGUAACCUUUUUUAUUUGGUUUUGGUUUAUAGGAUUGCUAGAUGGUACUAUUACCGACUUACCGUGUGCAUAGUUCUUUACUCUCUUUAUCUAGGGGCUGAUCAUACUAUAAGCAAAUAUUCACUCUGCGAUUAUGGAAUGUUGUGAAUCAUA